AUGUCCACUAAAAUUCUCCUUAAUAUGGUACACAAUGCCUCAAUCGACGACAUCGAGGCUGUGCACUACGUGGGUGGCAGGGAGCGUGGUCACGUGUGGGAGCAGUUGCUGCUCGUGCUGCCGCAAAGCGUGACGUUGGUGUUGCUUAGUGCCACCCUGCCAAACGUCGUUGAGCUUGCGGAUUGGCUCGGUCGAGCACGCGGUGGAAGUGAAAUCCACGUGUGUCAGACGCUGAAACGGCCCGUGCUCCUGCAGCACUACCUCUACAUGGGCCGCGACAGGCGAAGCCGCAAUAACCUCUACCUCGUGGUGAAUAAGAAAAGCGAAUAUAGACAUGAAGGCUACGAGAUGGCCGUUGUCUCUUGGACCAACCCAAUGUUGGUGGGCGACCACGGUGCGGAAUAUCGAGGCGGCACCAAUGACAGUGAUGGCUAUGAGGCCAUAAGUAGGGCACAAAUCAACACAUGGAAAUGUUUGACUGGCGUUCUGCAGAAGCAUGAUCUGUUGCCUGCCAUCGCCUUUGUAUUGUCGCGGGCGCUAAUCAUGAGUUUGGUGCAGCAAUUUGACAGCGUUGAUCUGCUCAAUGGAGUUGAGAAGAAGGAGGUCAGCAGUGUACUGCACAAAUGCCUCAGCACACGACUGGAGGCGUGUGACAAGGAAGUUUCCCAGGUGAUCCUGCUGCAGAAUCUUACUGUCUGUGAUAUUACAUUCAAGCAUUCCGGCAUGAUACUUCUUCUCAAGGGGCUUAGCAAUCACGUGCAAAUUCUGGUCUAG